UCCGCGACGCUCCCCCGCUGCCCCGGCCAUGGGGAAGGGGCUGGAGGGGACAGCGGCCCGCUGCGGGCUGGGACUGGGAUACCUGCUGCAGACCGUGGUGCUCCCCGCCCUGGCCGUCCUGGGGGCCAGCCGCCCCGGCUCCGCGGCGCAAGAUGACGACUUUUUUCAUGAGCUUCCAGAAACUUUUCCAUCUGAUCCUCCAGAGCCAUUGCCCCACUUCCUCAUUGAACCCGAAGAGGCUUACAUUGUGAAGAACAAGCCUGUGAAUCUGUACUGCAAAGCAAGCCCAGCCACACAGAUCUAUUUUAAGUGCAACAGCGAGUGGGUUCAUCAGAAGGACCAUGUGGUGGACGAGAGGGUAGAUGAAACCUCUGGUCUGAUUGUCCGGGAGGUCAGCAUCGAGAUUUCCCGGCAGCAAGUGGAGGAGCUCUUCGGGCCGGAGGAUUACUGGUGCCAGUGCGUUGCCUGGAGCUCCGCAGGCACCACCAAGAGCCGGAAAGCCUACGUCCGCAUUGCAUAUCUCCGGAAAACUUUCGAGCAGGAGCCCUUAGGGAAAGAAGUGUCCCUGGAGCAAGAGGUCCUGCUCCAGUGCCGUCCCCCUGAAGGCAUCCCAGUAGCUGAGGUGGAGUGGCUGAAGAAUGAAGAGGUGAUUGAUCCCGUGGAAGACCGAAACUUUUACAUCACCAUCGAUCACAACCUGAUCAUCAAGCAAGCCCGGCUUUCUGACACCGCCAAUUACACCUGUGUUGCAAAAAACAUUGUGGCCAAAAGGAAAAGCACCACAGCGACUGUGAUAGUCUAUGUGAAUGGAGGCUGGUCCACCUGGACAGAGUGGUCUGUGUGUAACAGCCGCUGCGGGAGGGGCUUCCAGAAGCGCACGAGGACCUGCACCAACCCUGCCCCGCUCAACGGCGGCGCCUUCUGCGAGGGCCAGAGCGUCCAGAAAAUAGCUUGCACCACUCUGUGCCCAGUGGAUGGCAAGUGGACAUCCUGGAGCAAGUGGUCCACCUGUGGCACGGAGUGCACCCACUGGCGCCGGAGAGAGUGCACGGCCCCAGCUCCCAAGAAUGGGGGCAAGGACUGCGAGGGGCUGGUGCUGCAGUCCAAGAACUGCACGGACGGGCUCUGCAUGCAGGGUUUCAUUUAUCCUAUUUCAACUGAACAGAGAACCCAGAAUGAAUAUGGAUUUUCUUCUGCUCCUGACUCGGAUGACGUUGCUCUCUACGUGGGGAUCGUCAUCGCCGUGAUCGUGUGCCUGGCUAUUUCCGUGGUCGUGGCCCUGUUUGUCUAUCGCAAGAACCACCGGGACUUUGAGUCCGAUAUUAUUGACUCCUCGGCACUAAAUGGGGGAUUUCAGCCUGUCAACAUCAAGGCUGCAAGGCAAGACCUCCUGGCAGUGCCACCAGACCUCACUUCUGCUGCAGCCAUGUACAGGGGUCCUGUGUAUGCCUUGCAUGAUGUCUCUGAUAAAAUCCCAAUGACCAACUCGCCGAUCCUGGACCCACUCCCCAACCUGAAGAUCAAGGUUUAUAACACCUCUGGUGCAGUCACUCCCCAGGAUGACCUCUCUGACUUCUCCUCCAAGCUGUCCCCACAGAUUACGCAGUCUCUGCUGGAGAAUGAGACCCUGAACAUGAAGAACCAGAGCCUUGCUCGGCAAACUGACCCAUCGUGCACCGCAUUUGGAACCUUCAACUCCUUAGGAGGCCACCUGGUAAUUCCCAAUUCGGGAGUAAGUUUGCUGAUCCCAGCAGGAGCUGUUCCACAAGGGAGAGUCUAUGAGAUGUAUCUGACAGUUCACAGGAAGGAGAACAUGAGGCCACCUGUAGAAGACAGCCAAACCCUGCUGACACCAGUGGUGAGCUGUGGCCCACCAGGAGCCCUGCUCACCCGGCCCGUCAUUUUAACCAUGCACCACUGCGCAGAGCCAAACACAGAGGACUGGCAGAUCCAGCUGAAGCACCAGGCUGCCCAGGGACCGUGGGAGGAUGUGGUGGUGGUCGGAGAGGAAAACUUCACCACCCCGUGCUACAUCCAGCUGGACCCAGAGGCCUGCCAUAUCCUGACAGAAACGCUCAGCACCUAUGCCUUGGUGGGACAGUCGAUCACCAAGGCAGCAGCCAAACGUCUCAAACUGGCCAUCUUUGGACCGCUGUCCUGCUCUUCCCUGGAGUACAGCAUCCGGGUCUACUGCCUCGAUGACACGCAGGAUGCUCUUAAGGAGGUCCUCCAGCUUGAGCAGCAGAUGGGCGGACAGCUUUUGGAAGAGCCUAAAGCUUUGCAUUUCAAAGGAAGCACCCACAACCUCCGUCUGUCCAUUCAUGACAUUGCCCAUUCCCUCUGGAAGAGCAAGCUGCUGGCUAAAUACCAGGAAAUUCCCUUUUACCACAUCUGGAGUGGAUGUCAGAGGAACCUGCACUGCACCUUCACACUGGAAAGGUUCAGUCUGAAUACCCAGGAGCUGGUGUGCAAACUGUGUGUGCGGCAGGUCGAAGGAGAAGGACAGAUCUUCCAGCUCAACUGCUCCGUCUCAGAGGAACCUAGUGGUGUCGAUUUUCCUCCCCUGGACUCAGCGGGCACCAUCACCACCAUCGUGGGGCCCAGCGCUUUCAGCAUCCCGCACCCGAUAAGGCAGAAGCUGUGCAGCAGCCUGGAUGCUCCGCAGACCAGAGGCCACGACUGGCGCAUGCUGGCCCACAAGCUGAAACUGGACAGGUAUUUAAAUUAUUUUGCUACAAAAUCAAGUCCCACUGGGGUGAUCCUGGAUCUCUGGGAAGCCCAGAAUUUCCCUGAUGGCAACCUGAGCAUGCUGGCAGCAGUUCUUGAAGAAAUGGGAAGACACGAAACGGUUGUUUCUUUGGCAGCGGAAGGCAAUUACUAACGCAGCCUUGGCAUGACCAGGAAGGACAGAUGCAGGGAGUGGUAAUGCCCUGUUGUUGCAAACGAGGAUUGAAAUGAAAACCCAGACCAAUGAGUUACACAAGAGACGUUUCGGAGAAGAAAGCAAGCAAACAAAUGGAAAAAAAAAAACAGCCCUGACCUUCACACGUGCUCUCCUUGUACAUUAUCACAGGAUCAGAAAGAGAUCAUGCAAAGUUGUACCUUGAAAAUAUAAAUCAACCUAAUGUUCCUCUCGGCUUGGCUGUACACUGCUUGGUACAGGUUUUUACAGUUUCCUAGGAAACGCUUUUUAUUGCUAUCCAGAUAUAUGGAUAAACUUUCUUAACAAUCCCAGUUUCUAUGGAUGUUGUUUACAUCAAAUUCUGGACAGGGGUAAGGAAACUGUCCAUGGCUCUUUAUAUUUUUUGUUUAAAGCCAUUGUAGACAAGGCUGUGGACAGUUGGUUGUGGCUAUUUCAGCUUAUUGGUUUCUGGUGAAUUCAGAUUUUGGCUACAAUUCUGCACAUUGGUUGUCUCGCAGUGAUCCUCCUGUCAUUGUUCUGUUUCCUAGACCUACUUGUAAAAAAAAAAACAACAAAAACAAACCAAGAACAUCAGGGUGUGCAUCUGGAAAGCAGGUACUCUGGCUGAUAAGCAGGAACACACAAAAUGUUCCCUUUCUUCCCCAAGACAGUCCCACUGAGCCUGUGUGGAGAAUAGCUCUUAAGACAGUGGGGAAUGAAGGAUCUGAGUUCAUUUUCAAAUCACACCCUUUCCACCCCUUUGCUAUAUGAGGGGCCAGAUAUGCAAUUCAGAGUGGUUGGAGGGGAGGGGGAGAAACCCAGAAAAAUAGAAAAAAAAGGAGAAGUUGCUAUGAUAGUUAUUUACUGAUCAGUAUCUAGUGCAAGGAUUAUAAUGACUAUUGUUAUUACCAUUAUCACUUUAUUUCUAAUAUUGUCAGCAGCAGAAUGAAUAAUUUCUGGUUUUAUGGAACCUGUUGUCCCCUCUCUGAAGGUCUUUUAAGACGUGUCCCUCUCUAUGCUGUCUGUCCUUCCCUCUCUCAUCGUGCUCCUCCUCCAAGGUCCUCUGCCAGCCCGCAGGGGCUGCUCACCUUGUGUUAGCAUUGCUGUGCCCCGUGCCCAGUGCCAGGGCAGCAUGAACGGUGACACUCCUCUGAUCUUUGCUCACCAAGUGUCUCACCCUGGCAUGGUUUGCACCACCCUGGUGCCUCCAGGUUGCUCCAGAAAGCAGUCCUGUCCUGAGGCAUCUGUGAACCAGACAUGGCCUCCCAGUCCAUAGGGACCACUGGUUCCUGACCGAAAGUGCAAGCAUGUGGAGGCAUCCACCACCUGAUUUGUGCAUCCAAGGUGGGCCUCCAUAGUUUUUGCUUUGUUUUGUGGCAUUCUAAGAGCCAGUAGCUGCUGUUAGCUUUCCACAGAGCUGCAGGUCUCCCUGAAACCCACCACCUCCAGUAAUGCUUACUGCGACAGGGCUGCUGACAGCCCAGCAACCUGUUGGGUCACUUCUGUGUGAGAUGCCCUCGGUGGAUCUCCACAGAUAUUCCCAGGCAUUGCUGCAGCCAGGGAAGCGUGUGCUCCGUGGGCCAGUGCAGGGCAGUGGAGUGGUAAAGUUGAAAUCCCUUGUGCUGCAGUUUGCUGCUUUUGCUGCUCCUGCCGCCACCGCUGCCACCGCGGUGCGGUCCUCGAUGGCUGGCCAGGGAACACUUGUCGCUCUUACAGCCCUUACAAAACAGAUGAGAUGGGAACUUUCCAAAAGGAGCAAACCAAAAACGGUCGUCACUGCAAGCGUAUUUUGUUCUGUUCAGCGAAAAUUCUGACUUUGGUACGUGGCAGCAUGUAGGAUUGCAGUAGUUGCAGCCCAGCCUGACUGGGCUGUCAUUUAUGUCAGGCACAGAAAGGCUUUCUGCCCUAACCCAUUCACUCCUGGUUUCCAGCCAGGCCCUGGUUAUUGCUGUUGUGCACACGUGCAUGCCCCUGCCCACCUAUGAAUUACCAUUCCAUAUGCUUCCCAAGACUUCUUAGCUUGUUCUCUUUUGUGGUUUGGUUUUGCUUUCCCCAAGGCUUUCCAGAUUGCACCUUUGAAGGUAACUGAAAAUGUCGUUGGUCAAAAUGAAAAGAAAAUUUAAUCUGACCUCUUUUUCUAUUUGACAUUUCCAUAGCCUUGUCACUUUUUGCUUAUAAUUUCCCAGCUCCCUGACCAGUGAGUUAGGUUUUGAUUGACCACCAGGCAGCGAGCACAAAAAGUUCCCUUCCAUGUAAGAAGUAACCAGGCAGUUUGCAAACCAGCAUUUCAGUCAAAACUGGAGACCAGAGGACAUGCAUCGUAACUUUCAACAUCUGUGUGCAUUUUGCUUGUGUAAGCCCCACCUUCUCUUAAUGUGGAGAUGCCAUGGGCAUCUUCUCAAUGAACAACCCUCUUUUUCUUCACCUUGGGCAUCUGGUGCAGCCCACUGCAAUGCUAAUGGAAAUUUUGCUUUCAAGUUCUGAAGGGUUGGACUGGGGCUUCCAGCUCUGCCCUUUCUCCACACCUUUUACUUACCUGAGAGGGCUAAAAUCGCUCUGAAAGGUAGGUCUCAGCUUUUCUCCCUCCCAUGCCACCUUUAGGUGUAACCAGUUGUGUUUAGUUUGUGCUUCUUCACCUUUCCCAGGUGUCCUUGACUGCUCUUCCGAGGCAGGUGCAGGAAUUGAACUGUUCUUUGACCCUUAGGUUUUUUCAGCUCAGUCUGUGUUGGUUGAUCCCCAGGCCCGCUGGUGCUCCUCACCUCUCAGCUUUUCCUGGGUGGGCAGCAUGUGCACCCUUCUCACCAGGAUCAGGGCCACAAAGUCUCUCAUAUUUAUCUGUACUGCUGUGAGUUGAUGCUCCUUUGGCCAGCCCUCUGACCUGCGUUCUGAUGCCUUCUGCAAGAGAAGCAACUUGCAGAUGAACAACUUUUUCCACAGUGUUCUGGGGCAUUUUCCUUUCGCAGCAUCACAGUAAAGAGGAUUUAUUGCGAGGAAAAAUGCACACUCUGAUUAAGAUGAGCAUCUGCAGGGGUGGCUGGAGGUCAAGGACGUAACCCUUCAUCACUGUGCGUGACUUGGGCAGCAGCACGACUGUCACUGGGUGGUGAAGCUGCUGCUCUUCCACCCUGACUGCUCAGAAACCACCUGCAAUCCCAAUCACGGGCUGGACAGUUUCUCCAGCCUCUGCAGGCUCCCAGCACAGUCCCUUGGGUGCCUCAGCCCUGACAGGGCAGGGAGAAGCAGGGGAAGGCUCCUCCACAGAGCCACAGCUCAUCCCAGAAGCUCUGAGCCCAUUCUUUGCCGCUGCUGUAACAGCAGCUCCCACCUCACCUCACGCUUCCCUGCAUUAAUUUUGCUCAGAUUUUCCUUUUUUUCUGGGGGGAGUGGCAGUGGCAGGGACGGUGGGAGAGGGCUCUGGCUGGUGGUAUUCACAGCAGCAUCCCCAUCCUGCCGGAGAUGCGGGCAAGGAAGCAAGGGCAGCCAGAUCGGCUCAGGAUAUUAUUUUUGGUGGGAGAAAAGCCAGCAGCAGUGGCUCUGCCUGGAUUGCAUGAACACAGUGCCAUCUCGUGGGGCUGAGCCCUGGAUCCACCAUGGAACGGGGCAAAAGCUUCCUGUGCCGUGGCUCUGACAAAGACAUCUGGCAGGCAGAGCUGACUCUCAGAAGUUGUUGUAAGAUUUUAUGUCAGGUAAGCACAUCUGCUUUAAGAGAAAACAAACAAAGAAACAAAAGGCUGCAGGCUUCUUAUCCUCCGGUUAUUACUAUUUUUUUAAACACUUUUCCUCCUAGUUCUUCACCUCAUUACCGGAGCAAUUUUGCUGCUCUUCACACCAUCUCUUCACUACAUGUUGAUCGCUAGCGCUAUAAAUAGUAUAUAUAUUAUAUAAAUAUAUAUAAAAUAUCUACUGACGUCAAGGAAAACCUUUAAUUUCCGAGUAAGAAACAUUUAUCGGAGGCAGUCCUUUUCACCUUAUUUUUUUUCUUCAGUUCUUCUUGUGUUGUGUUCUUGUAAAGGUGACUGUCAGUGUAUAGGGUAAGUUUGGGGUUCGGUUGGGUUGUUUUGGUUUUUUUUUUUUUUUUCAAAAUUUAUGAUCACAGCUGAUCCACUGUGUCUCGCUAAACAGUGCAAGACCUAAGCGCUGCUUCAGUGGAUCUUGAAAAUUUUGCAGCAGUGAAGGUGUCUCCAGUCAAGAUUUGCUUUACUGGGAGACCAAGACUUUUUUUUCUGUCUCGCUGGCAGAAAUGCAGACGCUCGUGAGAUGUGUUGGAGUCUGCAGUACCCACAGAGCAAAACAUGUUGGUUCCUUGGGUUUCCUGCUAUUUUGGUUGCUUACAUAUAGAAUAAAUGUAUUUACAUGCUGUAAGCCUGUCAUUGUGGGCAGUGUCCUAAUGUCUUGUAUUGCUACCUACAAUAGUUUCUUUUCAG